AUGAGACUGAAGAGAGGUAAGGAACAUGCGCAACCCCGUUUUGCCCUCUUUAUCCUUGACACGUGUUGUCAUGCUGUCGAAGGCCUUUGCGCUAUCUGGCAAUUUACUUUGGCGGCUUAUUCCUGUCUCAUAGCAUUCUUCUGCGAUUGUAAUGCUAGUUGCUCCGCGCUCAGUCAGACCAUGAAGCGGAAUACGAACAGUCAUGGAAUCAUUUAGGCGCUGUUCGGUUUAUUCUUCUCGCCAAAUCUUUUGGAAAAAACAGAAUUGCUUGUUCCAGAAGCUGGGGGUUGCUGCAUUUGUAAACUUGCAGUUUAAUUGAGUCAAUGAUCGGGCUUUUCCGCCGGACAUCCGCUAUGUUGCCUUGGCGGAUGGUCAGGGCCAACAAUGAAUUUGUCGGUGACCUCCUAGUAGAUUGCGAAUGUGCAAGGCGCGUCUGAAUUACUUGACCCAACGCACCAUGGUGGCUCUGUCUGAAUUGAUUAAAAGCGCGUUGCAGGAACUGGAGGACUGUACACUACCUCGAUAGUUGCAUGGAAGUAAGCCAUUACACCAACCAGCGGUCUUGAAUCUUCAACUGCCUUAAUCGGGAAUAUCUGACGUCGUUUUCACCAGUGCAGCUCUUCGCAUAGGUCUCGUGAAGCUGCCCAUAUUCCUGGAUUUCUUCAUCGUCCUCGAAUUAAGCCUAGCAUAGACUGUAUACAGUAGAUUGUCUGACUCAUGAAAUGUCAACCGAAAUUCCGAAAUACGUUUUCGAUUCAAAAAGAUUAAUUAAGUAGGGUUGUAAAACUAGUCAGCCUACAACAUAAUUCCAUAAUAUUUCAGUUACCUCGGGGUGCCAGCUUUUGAAUGAACUUCCUUCCGGCUGCAUGCGAAAAACUUCCCCCUUUAAAAAAUGACUACAUAAUCAGCAUGCAUUUUUCUCAUUGAUUUUCGAUGCCCCAAAAAAGUCCAAUUAUAUUUCAUGGAAAACAUGCAUAAAAUAUCCAUCGUUUUGCUCAUUUGGUAGAUAAUUACGUCUUCUAAUUUUAUACUCGAAGGAGGGACAUAGGUUGAUUAUAAAAAAGUUUCUAAUUGUGAGCCUUUUAAAUAGCGUGAAAUGGCCGUUCAUAAAUCGUCAUAUGUCUGCAUUUACCAACGGGGCUUGCAAAGUUAACAAUAUGAAGCAAAUCCACUGCUUAGUUUUACGAACCCCAUAUGGUCCUCCUUUAUUACCGUAGAGGAAUGCGUGGUUUUCCGUACGCGGAAAAUAUACGGCUAUGUAGAUUGGAAACCCUGAAUCCAAGUGUGACGGUACAGCGGGUUCAAAAUGAUUCGGGAAAUGGAAAACUUUCUUAAAACCGGAUUAUGUCUCUCCUUCGAGUAUAUAAUUAGAAGAUGACGUAAUUGUCUGCCGAAUGAGCAAAAGCAUGAAUAUUUUUAUGCAUGUUUUCCAGAAAAUAUAAUUGAAUACUUGAGGACAUCGAAAAUCAAUGAAAAAAAUGCAUGCCAAUUAAGUAGUCAUAUUUUACAGAGUGUAGUUUUUCGCAUGCAGCCGGAAGGAAGUUCACUUGAAAGCUGGCACCCUGAGGUAACUGAAAUAUUAUAUAAUUAUGCUGCAGGCUGACCAGUUUUACAACCCUACUUAAUUAAUCUUUUCGAAGCGAAAACGCCUUUCGGAAUUUCGGUUGACAUUUCAUAAGUUAGCCCACCUACUGUACAGUUGCAAGAACUUUCAUUUCUGUUCUAUGUCUUCAUCGUCCAAGGCCUGCUUUCCUUUGGACUGGCAUUCAUUUUGAUGAUGGCAUUCGAGGAUUGAUACUGCAGUUCUCAACUUCUUUGUUGCUGUCGUCCCCUGAGGUCAUCUACGUGGCCGAAUUUGUAGUCUCGUCAUCAGACAAUUGGAUGUCAAUCAAUCCAUUAAUCAGUACCACACAUGUUACAGUUGGCGGUUCUGUCUCCUGACAAGUGCAUGGUCUAAAAGUUUCUAGUGAAGUAGGUGGGGAUGCAUGCGUUCUGAAUUUUGGUGGUCGGGAAGGUGAAUGGUGGUGGUGUUGUUGGUGAGCAAACCGCGUUCUGCUCAGGUUUGGAUGAUCGGCACCUUUCUAGAACGACCACGGAUCGUCUAAUACGCGGUGUGGUAUGUGACCACUUUCUGUGCCGACACAACCAGGGCUUACAGACCCUCGUAAAAUUUUCCACGCAGUGAAAACUGAAUUGUCAAGUAACCGAUGGUGAUCUUCUCGUGGGGAAGGCAGUUUGCGGUAAUGUCUUUUUGGAUGGCCAGGGGCGACUCUGGUUCCUGGUCAUUUUUCUUCCACGGAAGGAGUAUAAUUAGGUUUUAGAAAAGUUUCUAAUUAGGAGACUUUUUAAGACCGCGAUAUGUCCAUUCACAUAGAUCGUACCUGGCCGUUUACCACUGCUCCUCAUGAAAUGUACAACAUGAUCCGCAUCGACUGCACAAUUUUAUGGACCCUGUAUGAUAUCUCUUUAAUGACAUAGAAAAAUAUGGGAUUUUCUUUACGCGGAACGCAUGCACCUUGUAGAGUGUAAUCACUAAGCGCUAAUGCAACGAAUGAUCAGACUCCAAAUUUUUCGGCAAUAAGAAAACUUUUUUAAAACCUAAUUAUACGCCUUCCUUAAGUAUAAAAUAUAAAGAAGACGUAAUUCUCUAUUGUUUGACUAAAAGAAAGCAUAUUUGUGUUUUUGGUUUCUAUGAAAUAUAUUUGAAUUUCCAAGACCAUCGAAAAUCAAUGGGAAAAAUGCAUGCUACUUAAGUAGUCAUUUUUUACCGAGCAUGCUUUCUACAGGAGAUUGAAAAGAAGUGCAUUUAAAAGCCGACAUCCUGCCGAGUCCGAAAUGUUAUAAGAGUAUGACGCAAGAUAAUCAGUGUCACAACUGCGACCAAGUAAUCCUUCCUAAUGGAAAACGCAUUUCAGAAUUUCAGCCAACAUUUCAUGAGAUAGGUCACGCACUGUAGAACUUGCUCGCUCGUAUUAAAACUUCGUUUUCAACGCUUACCAUCAAUAACGAAAAUGACAAGUCGUCCUUUAAGUGGCUUAUAACGUUACCAGCGACGAUAAUUUCGCGUUCUUGCAUUAUGUCGAUGGUGAUGCGAGAGAGAGAGCACGAUUUUAUCUUGACGUCAGCGGAAAAUCGGGCUCCAACUUGAUGGCAACAGUCUUAUUUCUUCUCACUUGGCUCUCCCCUAGAAUGCCUCCUGUGGUGUUAUGGUCGUGCAAAAACCCGGUGGGAAGCCGGUCGGCAGACAAGAAGUCUCGUGACUGGGGAUGAUUUUGCCUGGAUCCCCCCACUCCUUAAGCCCACCAAAGGUAAUAACGGCGCCGCGGUGCAUCCACUCGUAGCCACUUGGACCUCCUGCGCUGAUGGCGGUGCAUCCGCUCGAUUGCUCAACAGUGUCGCCUCCAGCACUAACUCGCUCAGUGUCUCGACCGCACAUGCAGCAAGGCAACGGAAGAGCAAGAGACGGCGCCGGGGUGCCAGUCAGAUACUCUUCUGUUUCCGCCUCGAUCUGACUACCCGAGCCGAUUGUGCGGUUGAGCCCUCUCCACCCUCAACAAAUGCCUGCCAGGAGCGUUUCACUGCACUUCACUUCCGCUUCUGCCUGCCAGCCAAUCUGCCCUCAAGUUUCGAGUUGCCUACCACCUGUCUGGCUGGAGGCUCCGUGGCCAGUGUCGCCUAUAGCCUGAGACUGGAGAUACGCUGCUCAAACCCUACCUUGGGACAUAUUGUGCGACAUCCCUUCCGCGUCCUGCGAUCCCUCGAUCUGGCUGACUUCCCCACACUUAUGGUUGGUUUCUUUUACACUUCCGCAAUACUCGUCCUUAUUGGUCCGUCGCCAAUCUUUCAAAUCCUCCUCCUCCUCCUCCUUCUCCUCCACGCCUACUACUACUUCUGCUACUCCUACUACUACUACUACUACUACUACUACUACUACUACUACUACUACUACUGCUGGUACUACUACCACCGUCAUCGCCAUCACCAUCGCCAUCGCCAUCGCCAUCGCCAUCGCCAUCGCCAUCAUCAUCAUCAUCAUCAUCAUCAUCAUCAUCAUCAUCAUCAUCAUCAUCAUCAUCAUCAUCAUCAUCAUCAUCAUCAGCAGCAGCAGCAGCAGCAGCAUCAUCAUCAUCAGCAGCAGCAGCAGGGGCGGCACUGGUGGUGA